CAGGAGACUUUGCCAGAUUGCACUUCUGUCAGUCCAGGAUCGGAGAACGAGAGCAGCGAGAGGGGGAGAGAGAGAGAGAGAGACAGCAGGGGGUCCCAGUGUUUAUCCUUCUAGAGAGAGCGUAAAGUUUCCUGUUUUCUGUUCCUCCUCCUCCUCCUCUGGUUCUCGCCGAAGCGUCGCCUUAAAGAGAGGAUGGAGAACGCCCACGCCAAAGAGACGGCCGACAUCCUGGCGCACUUCGUGGUGGACGAGGAGACCGGCCUGUCGCCCGACCAGUUCCAGAGCUACCUCGCCAAGUAUGGCUACAACGAGCUUCCGGCUGAGGAAGGGAAGAGCAUCUGGGAGCUGGUGGUGGAGCAGUUUGAGGACCUCCUGGUCCGCAUCCUCCUACUGGCCGCCUGCAUCUCCUUCGUGCUCGCUCUGUUCGAGGAAGGCGAGGAGACGGUGACGGCCUUCGUCGAGCCCCUGGUCAUCCUCCUCAUCCUCAUCGCCAACGCUGUGGUCGGAGUCUGGCAGGAGCGCAACGCGGAGAGCGCCAUCGAGGCGCUGAAGGAGUACGAGCCGGAGAUGGGGAAGGUGUACCGCACCGACAAGAAGAGUGUGCAGAUGGUCAAGGCCCGGAUGAUCGUCCCCGGCGACGUGGUGGAGGUCUCCGUGGGCGACAAAGUGCCAGCCGACAUCAGACUCAUCUCCAUCAAGUCCACCACACUACGGGUCGACCAGUCCAUCCUCACUGGUGAGUCUGUCAGUGUGAUCAAACACACCGAUGCUGUCCCCGACAUGCGAGCUGUCAAUCAGGACAAGAAGAACAUGCUGUUCUCGGGCACCAACAUCGCGGCCGGCAAGGCCAUCGGCAUCGCCGUGGCAACCGGCGUCACCACGGAGAUCGGGAAGAUCCGCGACCAGAUGGCGGCGACGGAGCAGGAGAAGACGCCGCUGCAGCAGAAGCUGGACGAGUUCGGAGAGCAGCUCUCCAAGGUCAUCUCCCUGAUCUGCGUGGCCGUCUGGAUGAUCAACAUCGGCCACUUCAACGACCCGGUGCACGGGGGCUCCUGGAUCCGCGGCGCCGUCUACUACUUCAAGAUCGCCGUGGCGCUCGCUGUGGCCGCCAUCCCCGAGGGCCUGCCCGCCGUCAUCACCACCUGCCUGGCGCUGGGCACACGGCGCAUGGCCAAGAAGAACGCCAUCGUGAGGUCGCUGCCCUCGGUGGAGACGCUAGGCUGCACCUCCGUCAUCUGCUCCGACAAGACGGGCACCCUGACCACCAACCAGAUGUGUGUCACCAAGAUGUUCAUCAUCGAUAAGGUGGACGGUGACGACGUCUCUCUGGGACAGUUUGAGAUCUCCGGCUCCAAGUACACACCUGAGGGGGAAGUCACGCGGAACGGCGCCCUGGUGAAGUGCGGGCAGUACGACGGGCUGGUGGAGCUCGCCACCAUCUGCGCUCUGUGCAACGACUCGUCCCUGGACUACAACGAGUCCAAGGGGAUCUACGAGAAGGUGGGCGAGGCCACGGAGACGGCUCUGAGCUGCCUGGUGGAGAAGAUGAACGUGUUCGACUCGGAGGUGCGCGGCCUGUCCAACGUGGACCGGGCCAACGCCUGCUGUGUCGUGAUCAAACACCUGAUGAAGAAGGAGUUCACGCUGGAGUUCUCCCGCGACAGGAAGUCCAUGUCAGUGUUUUGCUCCCCCGCCAAGUCCUCCAAGGCGGUCGGCAACAAGAUGUUUAUCAAGGGCGCCCCGGAGGGGGUGAUCGACCGCUGCGCCUACGUCCGCGUGGGCACCGACCGCGUGCCGCUGACGGAGCCCAUCAAGGAGCACCUGCUGAAGAUCAUCAAGGAGUGGGGCACGGGGCGCGACACGCUGCGCUGCCUGGCGCUCGCCACGCGCGACUCGCCCCUCCGCCGCGACCAGAUGGUGCUGGAGGACGCCACCAAGUUCAUCAACUACGAGACGGAGCUGACCUUCGUGGGCUGCGUGGGCAUGCUGGACCCCCCCCGCAAGGAGGUCAAGAGCUCCAUCGAGCUCUGCAGGGCGGCCGGCAUCAGGGUCAUCAUGAUCACCGGGGACAACAAGGGCACGGCCGUGGCCAUCUGCCGGCGCAUCGGUAUCUUCACGGAGGAGGAGGACGUGGCGGGGAAGGCCUACACGGGUCGCGAGUUUGACGACCUGCUGCCCCACGAGCAGAAGAACGCGGUGCGGAAGGCCUGCUGCUUCGCCCGCGUGGAGCCCUCCCACAAGUCCAAGAUCGUGGAGGUCCUGCAGAGCUUCGACGAGAUCACCGCCAUGACCGGGGACGGUGUGAACGACGCCCCCGCCCUGAAGAAGGCGGAGAUCGGCAUCGCCAUGGGCUCUGGCACCGCCGUUGCCAAGUCGGCCUCUGAGAUGGUCCUCGCUGACGACAACUUCUCCUCCAUCGUGUCGGCGGUUGAGGAGGGGCGCGCCAUCUACAACAACAUGAAGCAGUUCAUCAGAUACCUCAUCUCCUCCAACGUGGGCGAGGUGGUCUGUAUCUUCCUGACGGCGGCGCUGGGCCUCCCAGAGGCGUUGAUCCCGGUCCAGCUGCUGUGGGUCAACCUGGUGACGGACGGUCUGCCCGCCACCGCGCUGGGCUUCAACCCCCCCGACCUGGACAUCAUGGGCAAGAGGCCGCGCUCCCCCAAGGAGCCCCUCAUCUCCGGGUGGCUCUUCUUCAGAUACAUGGUCAUCGGAGGUUACGUCGGCGCGGCCACCGUUGCAGCUGCGGCCUGGUGGUUCAUGUACUGUGAUGAGGGACCCAUGAUCAGCUUCUACCAGCUGUCCCACUUCAUGCAGUGCAGCAAUGACAACGAGGACUUUGAGGGGGUCCACUGCCACGUGUUCGAGGCCGCGCCCCCCAUGACCAUGGCGCUGUCCGUCUUGGUCACCAUCGAGAUGUGCAACGCCCUGAACAGCCUGUCGGAGAACCAGUCCCUGGUGCGCAUGCCUCCCUGGAGCAACCUGUGGCUGGUGGGGGCCAUGACACUCUCCAUGUCCCUGCACUUCAUGAUCAUCUACGUGGACCCCCUCCCUAUGAUCUUCAAGCUGACCCACCUGAACGUGGAGCAGUGGCUCAUGGUGCUGAAGCUCUCCUUCCCCGUCAUCCUCCUCGACGAGGUGCUGAAGUUCGUGGCCCGGACGUCCCCCGAAGGGAAAGUCUAACGGCCGAUCCAAGCUGUGAGAGCAGCCGAGGCCAGCAGGGGGCAGCAGAGAGCCGAGCGACAGAAGAGAGACGCGCUGUCGCUCAUUCAAGGCAUCACAAAAAAGAAGAAAAUGUGACGUGUGAAAGAUCGGUUAACGCAAAAAGCGAUCAGGAGACCGACGGAAAAAAUUACCUGAAAAAACAGCUAAAGUAUUUUUUGUGUAUGUAUUGAAAUCAUAUAUAGGUGAGAGUUUAAACUAUUCUGUGAUUAUUCUAUUCUUAAAGAAUAAAGCUAUAUAUUAAAGAGUA